GCAUCGGAUGAAGAUGAGAUAACAUUCGAGAAGCUCAAAAGAUUGUCUCUUUACUCUCUCCAAAGACUUGGUAGCUUUCACCUGGGAAUUCUACAUUGAACUUCCCAUGUUUGGAACUUGUAACUUUUUGUGAAUGCCCCAGAAUGAGAAUCUUCUCUUGUGGAACUUUAAAUACAUCUCAACAUUUACGAGUUUCAACCAGGCAUACUGAAUACACAAAUUUUCCUCCACAACAUUGCGGCUUGGAUUUAAAUGCCUCCAUCGAGUUGCUCUUUUCAUCACAGCUUUCAGAAUUUGCACGUGAUGUGCAAUAUUUGAAUCUCGGAGAUCACUAUGAGGAGCUUGAAGACAUAUGGCUUGGUGCAAUGGCAGUGCCUAAUGGAGGGUUCAAUCAGUUGAAGACUUUGAUAGUGGAUGGUUGCCAUUUCUUAUCAAACAAUGUGAUCCCUUUUCAUUUGCUUGGCUUUCUAAGUAACUUGGAAGAGUUACAAGUACGAUACUGUGAUUCUAUAAAGGCAAUAUUUGAAGUGGGAUCCUUGUCGGUCCCCUUCUCCAUUCCCUUGAAAACAUUGAUCUUGAAACAACUCCCUGAUCUAGAGAAUGUUUGGAAUGAGGACCCUCAAGAAAUUCUCAGCUUCCAAUCUUUGCAACUUGUGUAUGUUAAUAGAUGUAGAAGCCUCAAGAGCUUAUUUCCAGCAUCAAUGGCUACACCAGGCAAAAUUGUAGGUGUUGAAAAACUAAAAGUGAAACAUUGUGAGAAAUUAGUAGAAAUUGUUGCAAAGGACGAAACAAUCCCAGGAGGAGCAACUUCAAACUCAAUUCUCUUUCCUAGCUUAACCAUGCUGAAGCUGUGGGAAUUGCCAAAGCUCAAGUGCAUCUAUUCAGGACUAAACAAUCUGGAAUGGCCCAAGUUACAAGAACUAGUUGUAUGUCAGUGCAGUCUGCUGAAGAAUUUCCCAACAUUAAGUCAACAUCAUUUUCUAAUUGAUGCGGAAAAGGUUUUUCCUAGCCUUGAGCAUCUGUCACUUUGCAAAGAAAGCAUCAUGCAUAUUUGGCAAGCCCCGAUUCAGGCAAAGCUUCUUCAAAAAGUGAAAUUUCUGAAAUUGGAAUUCUUUGAUGCUGAUUCUGAGAGAUUUCCGUAUGGGUUUUUUCAAAAGGAAUUGCUACCCCAUUUAGAAAAGCUUCAACUAUCUUGUGGUAACUUUGAAGAGAUAUUUACCUCUGAAAUAUCAGACAUGGAUGGCUAUGGUAAUAUGUUCUCUUCUCGACUGAAAAUUUUAGAGUUGAUAUCUCUGUCAAAGCUCAAUUUAAUUGGGUUGGAGCGCACACCUCUACCAAGAAACCUAGAAAUGUUGAAAGUUGAUAACUGUCCCUGUUUGAUCAACUUAACACCAUCCACUGUGUCUUUCUCAAAUUUAAGGGGUCUACAUGUGAGUGAUUGUGAUAGAUUGCCAUAUUUGUUCACAUCCUCAAUGGCAAAAAGUUUUGCUUUACUUGAAGAAUUAAUGGUAAGUAAAUGUAAAUCUAUACAACAAAUAAUGACUGAAGAAGGAAAUGAAUCAGAAGUAGAUGAAAUAACAUUCAGGAAACUUAAAACAUUGUCUCUUGCCUAUUUGGAAAGUCUUGAAAGGUUUCAAAGAGGAAAUUCUACUCUGAACUUCUCGUCAUUGGAAGUUGUGACUGUUCAUCAGUGUCUGAGAAUGAGAAUUUUCUCUUAUGGAGCUACAAAUGCACCUAAGCUUCUACGAGUUUCAGCCAAGCCUCCUGACGGAUUUGGAAAUUCUCAUCCAGAAUAUAGUGGCAUGGAUCUUAAUGUUUCCAUAGAGUUGAUUUUUUCCUCACAGCUUGCACAAUUUUCGCAUGAUGUACGAUAUUUGAAGCUUGGAGAUCACCUUGAGCUGCAAGAGAUAUGGUAUGGUGUAAUGCCAAUCCCUGAUGGAGGUUUCAACAAGUUGAAGACUUUGGUAGUUGAUGGUUGCCAAUUUUUAUCACAUUAUGUGAUCCCUCUCCAUUUGCUUGGCUUGCUGAGUAACUUGCAAGAGUUACAAGUAAGAAAUUGUGAUUCUAUAAAGGUGAUAUUUGAUGUAGGACUCACAGCCUCCCCCUGUUCCCUUCCUUUGCGAACAUUGUCUUUGGAACAACUACCUAGUUUAGAGCAUGUUUGGAAGGAGGACCCUCAAGAAUUUCUCAGCAUCCAAUCUCUGCAAUAUGUGUAUGUUGAUAAAUGCAGAAGCCUCAAGAGCUUGUUUCCAGCUUCAAUGGCCCAAUGCCAACUCCAAAGGCUUGUUAAACUAUGUGUGCAGUUUUGUGAGGAAUUAGUAGAAAUUGUUGCCAAGGACAAAACAACUCCCGGAGGAGAAACUUCAAUGUCAAAUAUCUUUCUCAACUUAACCACGUUGGAGCUAUGGAAUUUGUCACAACUCAAGUGCAUAUAUCAAGGACUGAACAAUCUGGAAUUUCCAAAACUAAGGGUAUUUGAUGUAUAUAGUUGUGAUCAAUUGAAGAUCUUACCAAUUGAUGAGGAAGCCUUUGUCCCAUUGGAGAAGGUUUUUCCCAAACUACAGCAAUUGUCACUCAGCAAGGAAAACAUCAUGGAGAUUAAUUGGCAAGGACAAUUUCAGGCAACAAAAUUCCUUCAACAAAUAAAAUUUCUCAUAUUGCAAUGCUUUCAUGAGGAUUUGGAUGGAUUUCCGUAUGGAUUCUUUCAAAGGGAAUCACUUCUUAAUUUAGAAAAGCUUCGAGUGGCAUGUAGUAACUUCAAAGAAAUUUUCAUCUCUCAAAAACCUGACGAGAAUCACUGUACUGAAAUGUUGUUUUCACAGUUAAAGGAUUGGAAAUAAUUUCUCUGAGGAAGCUCAAAUCCAUAGGGUUAGAGCAGUCUUGGGUAGCCCCACUUCCUAGAAACCUAAAAUUCCUGAAAGUGGUGAAGUGUACUUGUUUGAUGAACUUGGUACCAUCCACUGUUUCAUUCUCAAAUUUAAGGGAUCUGUUUGUAUCUGAAUGUCAUGAAUUGGUACAUUUGUUCACAUCAUCAACAGCAAAAAGUCUUGUUCAACUUGAGAUAAUGUCCAUAAGUGAAUGCAACUCCAUACAAGAAAUAGUGACUGAUCAAGGAGAUGAAUCAUCACAUGGAGAUGUGAUAACAUUUAGGAAGCUCACAAGACUGUCUCUUACCACUCUACCAAGACUCUGUAAUUUUUGCACACGGACUUGCAAUUUGGAAUUUCCAUCCUUGAAAAAUGUGUCAAUAUUCGGGUGUUCCCAGUUGGAAGUUUUCUGUCAAGGUGAUAUAUAUGCACCGAUCAAUGUGAAUUUUCAUUCGGAUAGGGAUCUCAAUGCCAUGAUACCAAGGUCUUCAAUAAAGAAGCCUAAGUCGUUAUAGGCAGGUUAAAAACUAUAUAGCCAGUUCAAUUUAAUACCUUGCUUGUGAUUGACCAAUCUAUUAUUGUGCUAUACACACCCUUUGUGCCAGAAACACAGGAUUGGCAUUUCUGUGGAACAAAUUUUUGCGCAUAGUUUUUCUCUCUCGUUCCCUA